AUGGGUGAGUCAUUAAUGUACAGUGUAGUAAGGAGAUGUUUGGGUUGACAGAGGAAGCAGUAAUUGGAUGUAUGGGUGGGUUAGUAGUGUACAGUGUGUGGUGGUGAUGGGGAGUGGGCUGGCAUGGUUGGUGGUGAGGGGCUGUAUUAAAUAUAGUAGUGUACAGUGUGGUGGAAUGCAGUGAAGAUGGUGGUGGUGGGGAGGGGGGCUGGCGUGGCUGGCUGGUGGUAGUGGCUGUCUGGCUGACGUCUGUGUCUCCUCCUCUCUCCCGGCAGUUCAUGGCAUCAAGUGGACUUGUAGCAACGGGAACAGCAGCUCUGGCUUCUCAGUGGAGCAGCUGGUGCAGCAGAUUCUGGACAGCCACCAAACCAAGCCACCUCCCCGGACCCACAACUGCCUCUGCACGGGCACCCUGGGUAAGGGGGAGGGGAUAGGGGGUAGAUAGGGGGCAGGAGGAUAGGGGGUGAGAGAGAAAGGGGUAGGAGAAGUCAAAGGAGAGAAGGCAGGGAGAAGGAGAAGAGGUUGAGCUCAUACAUCAUGCUCAGAGUGAAUGUGAAAGUCUCAGGGUCAUGGCUCUCUUGUUUUGGAUUGAUAAAAGUUCAAGUAGUAUCAAAAGGCACACCAAACAAUCAAACAAUUACUUCAAUUACAAUUCAUUGGAUAAUUACAUGUGUUUCCAGGUGAUUUGUUUAGGUACAAAAGCACAGGCAGUAUUCUUAUUGUUAUUGUCCGCAUUCUGAUGAGCUGUUGUAACAAAUCAUUCACAGCCUUCCCUCAGAUUUAGUUUGUGUCACCAAGAUUCACUGUACCAUUCUACAUUCUUUCUAGAUGAUUGAUGACUUCUGCUGUAUCUAAUGCUAUCUCUUAGUAACCUCUCCUUCCUCCCUCUAACAGGUGCAGGGAGCAGCGUGCACCACAAGUGCAACAGCGCCAAACACCGCAUCAUCUCCCCCAAGGUGGACCCCCGUGGAGGCUACAGCAGUGGUCACUCUGAGGUCCAGAACAACGACGUGUCCGAGGGCAAGACCGAGCACAGCAGCCAUGGAGGAGGGGGAGGGGGAGGAGGGAAGAGCUCAGGGGGAGGAGGGGGCAGCGCCAGAGAGAAACGCAACGGCAAGGUCCACAAGCCUGUUCUCCUGCACCAGAACAGCACAGAGGUGUCCUCUACCAACCAGGUGGAGGUCCCUGACACCACCCAGAACUCCCCCGUGUCCAUCAGCAGCGGCCUGAACAGCGACCCAGACAUGGCUGACAGUCCUGUGGUGACGGGCAUGGGCCACGUAGCCUCCGUCAUGUCCGGCCUGUCCCAGAGUGUCUUCAUGUCCGAGGUGACCGGAGACCCAGUCUACAGCAUGUCCCCCACAGGGGGCCCCAACGCCCACCUCAUGGGCCCCGACGCAGCCUCCCAGGGCCUGGUGCUGUCCGGUGUGGUGGCAGACAGCCACAAGUUUGCCUUCCCUGGCGGAGGAGCUGGGGACGUUCCCGGAGGGACGGGGGGAGCAGACGGGCUGUCCAUGCUGUCUGCAGCCGGGGUGUCUGAGGAGCUGGUCCUGUCCAGCAGUCUGGAUGCCGGAGGCAUGAAGAUACCUGAGACCACCAUGAACUUCGACCCUGACUGCUUCCUCAACAACCCCAAGCAGGGCCAAACCUAUGGGGGCAGCAGGCUGAAGGGGGACGGCAGCUCCUCCUCCUCCUCCUCUUCCUCCAACGGCACCAAUGGCAGCAUGCAGCGCUCUCCCUCCAUGUCAGACUCUGGAUACAGCUUCAACUCUGCUCUGGUGAAGAACAUCAAGACGGAGGACAUGUCCUUCGAGCAGCAGCUGGCCACAGAGCAGGGUUACCAGGUGGGGGCGGUGGUGAGCUGUGGAGGAGGUGUGUCUGGUUCCUCUGGGGCUGGUUCAGCACAGGGCUCCCUCAGCCUGACCCCUGCAGGCUCUCUGCUGCCCUCUGGAGGAGGCCUGAGCCCCAGCACCACCCUGGAGCAGAUGGACUUCAGCGCCAUCGAUGCCAAGCAGGACUACUCGUCCGGGGCUGGGUCAGUGGGCUAUGGCCAGGCUAUGAACAGCCCCCACCUCUCACACCAGAGCCACUCGCCCAGCUUCUUCCUCCAGGACACUCAGCAGGCCGGCCAGGCCCAGCAGGGCAGGUCCUCCAUGGGCCAGAAGACUCAUCUGAUGGAGCACAACUCCCACGACUCCACAGCCUACAUGAGCCUGCAGGUGGUCAAGACGGACUCCCCUGGCAGCAACGGCCACCUCCACCACCACCACCAGAGCCACCAGGGCCAGCACAGGGCCAACUGCAAUGGGGGCUCCCCCACCGAGGGGCCAGGGCAGGGGCCUGGGUCUCUCCAGCUCCUGCAGUACCAGGGGGGCUUCCCUGGGCUGGGACCAGAGCAUGAGGAGGUAGUGGGUCUGGAGCAGCCAGGCAGCGUGAGCUCAGGCCAGGCCGGGGGAACAGAGAACGGAGAGGGUCUACUGAAGCCUGGGGAUCACCUCCAGGCCUGUGGAGGAGGCAACCUAGAGGGAGGAGGGGCAGAGCACUACCUCCAGCAGGCCAAUGACGGAGGAGGAAGUCAGGGAGGUGGAGGAGGAGGGGAAGGAGUGGCCAUGCGCAACGGAAAUGGCGUCAACAAUGACGGCAGCAACCGCUCCCAGCAGCAGCAGCUGCAGCCCCUCCUCCAGGGGGCUGGGAUGGUCCAGGGCCUCUACAACACUGUGGGCCCCCACCAGGGCCUGGGCGGAGCGGGCUCCAAUGGGGUAGCAGGAGGGGGAGGCAUGGAAAUCAGCCUUGACCACUUCGACAUUUCCUUCGGGAACCAGUUCUCUGACCUUAUCAAUGACUUCAUCUCUGUGGAUGGUAGUGGAGCCAACAUGACGGCCGGAGGAGCCCUCUACACACACCAGCUGGUGGGCAACCACGGCUCAGACGGCCAGGCCACGCCUAGCGGAGCUCCCCAGCAGGACCAGGAGGACGGAGGGGUAGGAGGGGCCCGGGGGGCAGGAUACAGCCCCUCAGAGCUUUGUCUCCAGCCCUGCUGCAGCCCCCAGUCUCUGGGUGGAGGGUCCGGGGCUGGGGGUGCAGGGGUGGAGCCAGGCUCCCUGGCCUACAUGCAUGUGGCGGAGGUUGUGUGUGCAGCCGUGGCCCAGGGGGCUCUGGGUAUGCUGCAGGCCACUGGGAGACUCUUCAUCGUCACUGACUACUCCCCCGAGUGGUCCUACCCUGAGGUGAGCCUCCACCACACUCUUAGUGCAUGAUCUCCCCCUUUAACUAUCAUUAUACUCCAAUUUAAUUACUAAAUAGUUUUAUAGUUUCAUUUUAGUCAAACAUACAUAUCAACAUAUUUUGAAUUAACUGCAAUAUCACUGUUCAACCACCGGUUGGUUGGCAGCUCAAUAAUGUAAUGUACAGAGAGAGUAAGUCUGUGUAACGUCAAUGACACUGUUCAACCACAAGAUGGCGACCACUUUGGUUAGUCAGAAAAAUGACUGUAAUAUCACUGUCCAACCACAGGAUGGCAUCCCAGUCAAAUAUACCACAGAGACAAUACAAGUCUGUGUAAUGUCAAUGACACUGUUCACCCACGAGACGGCAGCCCUUUCACUAGAUUCCAGGCAGCUUGAGGAUACAUCACUGUGUUCAUGUUAUUCAUACUGCUCUCCCCUAGAUGGCAGCAUGACAUUAAAUAGUAGCCAAAAUCACACUCGCUCCCUCAUAUCUAGUAUAGAUUCAGUUUAUCCAUUUCCCGCUCUGUGAGUCUGUGUGUUUAUCUGUUCCAGGGAGGAGUGAAGGUGCUCAUCACUGGUCCAUGGCAGGAGACCAGCUCUAACUACAGCUGCCUGUUUGACCAGGUCGCUGUCCCUGCCUCUCUCAUCCAGCCCGGGGUGCUGCGCUGCUACUGCCCAGGUAAGACUGGCCUCACUGGCCUGGCCUGCCACACCUUCUAUAUCCUUCCACCAGGGUUGACUCAAAACACUGUCUAUUUAUCAGGGAUAUCAGUAGUUUUCUUUUAGACUUGGCCUAUUUUUUGGUUCCUGGAGAUCAGCAUAUAUUACAUGAAGGUUCCUCAGUUGAGAUUGUGUCUCACUGGCCACUGAGAUGUUUUAAGAAGAAGAGUAUAAUGUUCCUAGGAGGUCUACAGGGGUUUAGGGUCAGGAGUGUUGGAGUUGUAGCAGUUAUCAGUGAAGCGUCUGACUCGGACUCCCUCUGUCUGUCUCUCUCCACAGCUCAUGACACUGGGCUGGUGACGCUGCAGGUGACAGCCAGUAACCAGAUAAUCUCUAACUCUGUGGUGUUUGAGUACAAGGCCCGUGCCCUGCCCUCACUGCCUUCCUCACAACACGACUGGCUCUCACUGGACGGUAAGAGACAGUCUCUAUCUAUCUGCCUCUGACCCUUUCUCUUUCUCUGCCUCUCUCUCUCUCUCUCUCUCUCUCCAGUUAUUUUUUAUUGUUUUCUAAUGUCAGGAAAUGUCAGAAUCAAUAGUUGCAGUGAAUCAACUGUAGUAGGAACUCAGUUAAUCAUGGGUUUGAUUUGGACUAGGACCAUGAAGAGCACCAGUCCUUGUGCUGUGUCUUUCAGAGGAUGCUAUUGUGUCCUGA